GCUUUGUAGAGAGACGUACACUGUAUAAUAAUACUAGUAUUACGUGACUCUUGGUCUCUUUUGAUUUAACUCCCACACGUCCUGCUCCAGCAAUUGCAAUUGAUAGAGAGGACGAGACGAUUCUGUGUUUGUGUGUGUGUGUGUGGUUCUGAAUUAUUCGGACGUGAUUGAUUGAUUCGAAGUUGAAUCGGGAAAAAGGGGGAAAUGGCGGAGGAGUACAAGGAGGCGUUGUUGGAGAAUCACAAAUAUCACGACGGAUGCCCCGGGUGUAAAGUGGAGCAGAUGAAACAGCUCCGGCGUGGUUAUCCAUACCUGGAGCUUUCUUUCGUUUGGAUCAUCGUCCUCUCCACUUCUCUGCCUAUUUCUUCACUCUAUCCUUUCCUCUAUUAUAUGAUUGAUGAUUUUGGUGUUGCAAAGACUGAGAAAGAUAUCGGGUUUUAUGCUGGAUUUGUCGGGUGCUCAUUUAUGCUUGGAAGAGCAUUGACGUCGGUGUUCUGGGGCAUUGUGGCUGAUCGUUAUGGAAGAAAACCGAUUAUACUCUUGGGAACUAUCUCAAUUGCCAUUUUCAACGCUCUUUUUGGCUUGAGUGUUAACUUUUGGAUGGCUAUUGGCACUAGGUUUCUUCUUGGCAGUUUUAACUGUUUGCUUGGAACCAUGAAGGCAUAUGCGUCAGAGAUAUUUCGUGAUGAAUAUCAAGCUACAGCAAUGUCAGCUGUUAGUACUGCUUGGGGAAUUGGACUGAUCAUUGGCCCUGCUCUAGGCGGGUUUUUGGCACAGCCGGCAGACAAAUAUCCAAAUGUGUUCUCCCAAGAAUCCAUUUUUGGCAGAUUCCGGUAUGCGUUGCCUUGCUUUACAAUAUCAGCUUUUGCAUUGCUUGUGACAGUAUUGUGCUGCUUCAUUCCGGAAACAUUGCACAAUCAUAAGCAGGACAGCACAUCACAUGAUGAAUCCUACGAAAUACUUGAAGCUGGAUCUCAUGAAUCCACUGCUUCUACCGGGAAGGCAGGAAAAAACGAUAGAAAAGCUUCUCAGUCUCUUUUGAAGAAUUGGCCUCUAAUGUCAUCUAUCUUUGUGUAUUGUGUUCUGUGUCUGCAUGAUACUGCAUACUCUGAGAUAUUUGCACUAUGGGCUAACAGUCCAAGGAAAUAUGGAGGUCUGAGCUACUCAACCAAUGAUGUCGGUACAGUUCUUGCUAUCUCAGGUCUCGGCCUAUUCUUUUUUCAGGUUUUUGUUUAUCCUUUCGCUGAGAAACUGCUAGGACCAGUACUGGUCACCCGAUUUGCUGGGGCACUGAUGAUACCAAUACAAAUGAGUUAUCCAUUUAUAGCAGAUAUGUCAGGUCUCAGUCUAAGCCUGAUGUUAAAUUGUGCAUCAAUCCUUAUUAAUGUGCUAAGUGUGUCUGCGAUAACCGGGUUGUUGAUCCUGCAAAAUAGAGCUGUGGAUCAGAGCCAAAGAGGGGCGGCUAAUGGAAUUGCUAUGACUGCGAUGUCUCUUUUUAAGACCGUUGGACCAGCUGGUGCUGGCAUCUUGUUUUCUUGGAGCGAGAGGCGACUAAACGCCGCAUUUCUACCAGGAUCGCAUAUGGUGUUCUUUGUCCUGAAUGUGAUAGUUGUGGUCGGUGUAGCACUCACCUUCAAGCCAUUUCUAACAACAACGGCUCGAAGAUGAAAAUUCAUUUUGAAUUGGUAAAGAUAGGGAAUGUAUUGGACUCGUUGAUUCUUUUAAAUUCAGACUCGAAAGAAACCGUAAUAAAAUUUCACUAACCUUAGGAUUUAUCAGCUUCUUUUUUUUUUUUUUUUCGGUCCUUUUGUUUUGCUUUGUCUUCUGAUAUUUCUACCAAGAUACAUACACCAAAAACAUCACCGCU